AUGUUCGUGGAUGAGCGUCUGCACUUCCGCCGUGUCUGCCUCACUUUCCAGGAGGGUCACCGCCCUCUCUCCCCCCUACAGGGUAAGACGGAGGAGGUGUCUCAGGGUGAGGCGGGGGUGCAGUGUGGAUCAGGAGAUUCAGGCGGAUCUGUGGGAGACCCCUCGGAGGCCAAAGGGACCCCCAAACGCCUCCACGUCUCAAACAUCCCUUUCCGCUUCCGGGACCCCGACCUCAGGCAGAUGUUUGGGCAAUACGGGAAGAUUCUGGAUGUAGAGAUUAUUUUCAAUGAGAGGGGCUCAAAGGGUUUCGGCUUCGUGACGUUUGAGACCGGCGUGGACGCAGAGAGAGCCCGGGAAAAGCUCCACGGCACGUUGGUGGAAGGUCGUAAGAUUGAGGUGAACAAUGCCACAGCCCGGGUGAUGACCAACAAGAAAAUGGUCAGCCCGUUUCCUAAUGGAGAGGCGGCCCUCAGCGCGCUGCCCUACGGUAACGCGGGGUGGAAAUUGAGUCCUAUGAUGGGAGCCAUGUACGCACCUGAGAUCUACGCAGUCCCAGGGUUCCCCUACUCUUCAGCAGCGGCAGCAGCCACCACAGCAGCAGCAGCGUUUCGCGGGGCUCACCUGAGAGGCCGCGGCCGACCCGUCUACAGCGCUGUGCGAGCCGCCGUGCCUCAACCGGCCAUGCCUACAUACCCUGGUGUGGUGUAUCAGGAUGGGUUUUACGGCGCUGCAGACUUAUAUGUAAGGUGUCCUGCUGCUGCUGCGGUUGUUAUCUCACCACUGUCUGCAGAGCGGGAGGCGUCCAGUCUGAAGAAGGUGGAGGAGGCGUAUGACACCAUCAACAUGGAGAUCAGUGAUCUUCGGACGAAGCUGGCCAUAGACUACGGUCCAGACUGGGAGUUCCUGUUUCUGAACAGCCAGUGUUACCAGCUUAACGUUUAUGAGUACACCUACAAUCUGUGCCCGUUCAAUCAGGUCACUCAGAAGAGCACCGCGGGGACCGAGGUCUCGUUAGGGAGGUGGGGGAUGUGGGCGGGGACUCCGAAGAACCCGUACAGUCAGAUGGUGUAUGAGAACGGAGAACCCUGCUGGCAAGGAGGCUCCCGCAGUACUACAGUCACACUGACAUGCGGCACAGAGACAGCGCUGUGCGGGGUGAAGGAGCCUAGCAAAUGCCAGUACAUCAUAGACUUCCAGACUCCUGUGGCCUGUCAGCCGGUGCUGAAGCAGCGGGGCGUCCACAGUGAACUGUGACCCUCGGCCUGCAUGGAUGUAGCCCCCCCCCCGGCUAGCCCACCGUGACAGUCCAGGGUCCCCGCUGACAUCAGUGCUGUCAGAAAAUGUAUUCUUCCAACAAGCUCGCUGUAGUUAGAAUAUGAUGAUCAGGUUUCAUUCAUUGUUACAGCUUUACAUUGUAUUAGAAUAGAGCAUUUAUUAAUUAAAAACAGUAAAAUCCUCCUGUGGGUUGACAAUUACAAGAUUACAAUGUAAAUAAUUACAUAAAUGAUGUGAAGCUACAUUUAUUGCAAGGCCCAAUUACAUUGCCACCAAUAACCAUUUGAUGUAUUCCCUCCCCUUUCCCCACUUCCUGUUCAAAAUUAGAUGUCUUAACUGCUCUUCCGGUUUAGCAGCAUUGUAAAAAAUGAAUUUAAGUUGAGAUAAUUUACAGCUACACUGCGGUGAUCGGAUGGUUUUACAGCAUCAAUCCUCUGUUAGUGACUGUCAGAUGACAUACGGAAAUGGCCCCAAAUGGUAUACAAUUUGAAUAACUCUUUAGUGUCUAUGGUACCAAAGCAUAUCUGCCGGCCAGACUGCAUACUGAAGCUGAUGUGGACAGAAGGGUAGAAAAAGGUUCACAGUGUUGACAUUUAAAGAAACAAGAUAACUUUUUAGCGAGCGUGAACGUUAGGUGUUUUGCUAGAAACCGCACUCUGUCUAUGAGAGAGUAAAAAUCCCCUUCUAGUUACCUACCUACUUUUAGCUAUCUAGCGAGCUUUUGCUAAAUUGGUGGCUCUCCUAAUUGAAAUGGGAAUUUUUAUUCAACAUCCCAUGGUUAAACUUACAGUACGGACCUGUGUCUACCUUUCAGGCAGUGAGAAUAAUUAUAUAUAAAAACAUUGUUGACGUUUUCUUUUUAAGAACCAAACAAAGCUUGCUGUAAAUUCUCAAUUAUGUUUUUUGCAUAACGUAAUCACAUAUUGCUAAUCAAAAUAGUUAGUGUCUCGUCUGAAAAACGGUUAUAACUUAGUAACAGUUGAUUCAAAAGCUGCUAUUAGCAAUUAAGCUUUAACUGGAAGUAACCAUACAUUAUAUCGGUUCAAUUCUGUCAAGUUAAAAUGGCAGGUUAAAUAAAACCAGCAAUAAUCUUAGGGACAUAUUCCGACCAUCAGGAAAAAAGCAAUACAUAUCUUCUCAUAAAAUUCACUCCCUGCAUGGAGAUUUAUUUUUCUGGGGGAUUAUACCAAAAGACAGAAUUGAGGUGAUCCAUAAUCUGCAGCCUUCACAUUAUGCAACAAAAAUGUUCUUUAAUAAUGAUACAAAAAGCAAAACCCCUGCCUAUUGCCACUUUAACGCUAAAAGGAGAAAUUGUGUGUGAUAUUAAAUAUUUGUCCAAUUGUCCCAUGAAAAAUCAAACCAGCAAUGAAUAGAUGCUCUCUUUAGCUUAGCAUAGAGCCAUGCUGUUGCACACGUUGUUUUUCAUGAUGCACAUGAGCGGGUUAUUUUAGCAUCUACAAAAUGUUUUCACCAAAUGUGUAUUAAUCUGUAGAUGAAAGUAGUCUUCAACAAAUGCACUAUACUAGCAAAUGCCAGUUGGUGUUACUAAAAACUGCAGCUGUAAGUAAGCCUCUUUUCAAAAUAUAACUUCAUAUUUUCAACUGUUUUUUACAGAUUAACAUCAUCAGAAAUAACAAAUUAUAUCUCUUAGAGAAGUUAAAUAGUAUUGAGAGAACCAAAACAAUUUGUUGGCUUUGCUUGUUGACAUGGGAACAAUACAAAAAGAGGUGCACCAGACCUUAUCCAUUCACAGCACCAAUGUAACUGCUGUAUUAAAUAACUGCUCAUCAUAAGCACAAAUAAAGUACUUCAUAUUUUGGUAUAAUCAUA